AUGGGAGUCUCUAAAAAAGCUGCACGGAGGUCCAGAAUCAAGUAUCAUGCCGAUCAGAUUGAGACAAUGGAGGAAUUAUUCCGCAAACACCAAUACCCGGAUUCGGAGAGUAUCGAGCUGCUGGCGGAGAAAGUGGGCGUGUCCACAGGAAGGGUGACGAUUUGGUUCCAAAAUAGGCGUGCCAAAUCCAAGCGAGAAUCAAAAGACACGCGUACGCAGCUUUCUACAAAUACUUCGGACACUAGUACUGCAUGUGUGGCAUCGGAAAAAAGUCCCCACGUCAUCACUCACAGUCCGUCAGAGGCCGACGUGGAAAGCAGACUGCAAACCGAGCACCAUCCACCGAGAAACUUAAAUUAUUUACCCAACUGUACGACAACGAUCCCCAAUGACGUCCAUAAUUCAUCAUCUUUUUCUGGAGUUUCUUCUUCGUUGAAUCCUCUGAUGAUGUCAUCACCAGUAUAUUCCAACUCGUCACCACAGCAACACAGCGUGCCGGAGUAUACACCCCCGCAUCCCACACAGCAACACAGUGUGACGGAGUAUACACCCCCGCAGCCCACACAGCAACACAGUGUACCGGAGUAUACACCCCCGCAUCCCACACAGCAACAUAAUGUGCCGGAGUAUGCACCCCCGCAUCCCACACAGCAAUACAGUGUGCCGGAGUAUACACCCCCGCAGCCCACACAGCAACACAGUGUGCCGGAGUAUACACCCCCGCAUCCUACACAGCAACACAGUGUACCGGAGUAUACACCCCCGCAUCCCACACAGCAACAUAGUGUGCCGGAGUAUACACCCCCGCAGCCCACACAGCAAUACAGUGUACCGGAGUAUACACCUCCGCAGCCCACUUUCCAUCCCCAAUACCCCACAGACUACCAGCAACCGUACUUCCGGCAUUUCGCUCCUCCCAAACCUCUCGUGCCUGUUAGUCAUUUGCACGAGUCGUACACGCCAGGAUUUCAGUUGAUGCAACUUUAA